AUGGAGCAUUACGAGGUUCUUGAGCAAAUUGGGAAAGGGUCCUUUGGCUCAGCUCUUCUUGUGAGGCAUAAGCAUGAGAAGAAACUGUAUGUUUUGAAGAAAAUCCGGUUGGCUCGGCAGACUGGUAGAACAAGAAGAUCUGCUCAUCAAGAGAUGGAAUUGAUCUCAAAGAUAAGAAAUCCAUUUAUCGUGGAAUAUAAAGAUUCUUGGGUUGAAAAGGGCUGCUAUGUAUGCAUUGUUAUAGGCUAUUGCAAAGGCGGUGACAUGGCGGAAGCAAUAAAGAAAGCCAACGGAGUAGAAUUCUCCGAAGAGAAACUCUGCAAGUGGCUGGUACAACUCUUGAUGGCUCUUGAAUACUUGCACGCCAGUCACAUUCUCCAUCGCGAUGUCAAGUGUUCAAACAUAUUCCUAACAAAGGAUCACGAUAUACGUCUAGGUGAUUUUGGACUUGCCAAGAUCUUGACAUCAGACGACCUUGCUUCUUCAGUGGUCGGAACGCCAAGCUACAUGUGCCCCGAGCUUCUUGCUGACAUUCCCUACGGGUCAAAGUCUGAUAUUUGGUCGCUGGGCAAGAUGUUGUAUGACAUGCAAGGGCUGAUCAACAGGAUAAACAGAUCGAUCGUUGCCCCACUUCCAGUCCAAUACUCUACUGGCUUUCGAAGUCUGGUUAAAAGCAUGCUCAGGAAGAAUCCAGAACUCAGACCAAGCGCUUCUGAUCUUCUCAGACAGCCGCUGCUUCAGCCCUACGUUCAAAAGGUUCUUCUCAAGCUGAGCUAUAGGGGACACGAUGCAUUGCCUGCAGAAUCUGAAUCCGCAAGGAGAAGAAGCUAUCCUGAGCAGGGAAGACGUUCUUCUGGCAAAAGCAAAAGCUAUGGUCCAAGCAGGUUCGUGGUUGACCAGGAAGAUUCUGUUUCUUCUGUUAAACCACCCGUGCACACGUAUUUGACCCGGCGCAGGCCAGCGGAUUUGUCUGCCAAUGACAAUAGUGGUGUGGUUGUUCGUAGACCUGUUGUUUCAAAAACUUCAGCGGUUUCUAACAGUUCGAAAUAUGUGCCACUGAGACCAAGCCAGCCUAAGAGUGGUGGUCUGAAACCAGCGGCAAUGAUUCGUAGGGCCUCCUUGCCUAUCUCACAGAAACCUUCAAAAGGAACAAAAGACUCUCUGUACAGCCCGAACAUCGGUAUACUCCAUCAGCUAAACUCUCCAGAUGUGUCUGUAAACUCUCCAAGAAUCGACACGAUCAAGUUCCCCUUAGCUUCAUAUGAAGAAAUGCCUUUCACUCCCGUCGUGCGUAAGAAAAAAGGAUCUUCCAGAGGAUCAUACAGCCCGCCUCCAGAGCCACCACUAGACUGCUCAAUCACGAAAGACAAAUUCACGCUCGAACCAGAACGAGAAACCAAAAGCGACUUGUCUGAUCAGAACGCGACCGCUGGAGCAUCAAGCAGAGCUUCCUCAGGUGCAUCGAGGAGACAAAGAUUUGACCCGAGCUCGUAUAGGCAACGUGCCGAGGCACUUGAGGGACUGCUUGAGUUCAGCGCAAGAUUGCUUCUAGACGAGAGGUACGAUGAGCUGAACGUGUUGCUGAAACCGUUUGGUCCGGGAAAAGUAUCGCCGAGAGAAACGGCGAUUUGGUUGUCCAAGAGCUACAAGGAAACUAGUACUAGCAAGCAGGAAGAUUAA